AUGGAGAUCGAGCUCGCUUAUGGUGAAUCUCGCGGAUACUGGAAACAUUAUUCACCCGGGAAGUGGUUCAAACAAGCGAAAGCCGUUGGCAAGAUCAACAACGUAAAAGCUACUCUGUUAUUUGAUUCUGGUGCUGAAGUGUCGAUCAUUGACACCACCUUUGCUCGUGAGGUCGGUUGCAAUAUUGACGAAAGUCAACGACAAGAAUGUAUCGGGAUUGGAGAAACUCCGUACAUGACGGUAGGACGUACCAAGAUCAAGGUGACCCUCGCGGGAUCGCUGGUAUACUAUUUCAAUGUAUGGGUAGGCGAUCUGGCAGGGCAAGAAGCGAUUCUGGGUAUGGAUUUUAUGGUGCCUGCUGGAGUGCGGCUCGAUCUAGCGGAUGGCGCGCUAUGUCUACCAGAAGAAAUCCGCAUUCAUCUCGCAGGACGUCGCCCCGCGUACGGAACGAAGAUACAACAUAUAACGGCAAAGGACCAACACGUGGUGAUCCCGGUCGGAGAGUCAAGGGAAGUGAAGAUCGGGAUCGGAGGGGCUAAGAUGAAGUUGUGGGUCGCUAGAGGACUAUAUUGGGUCCCCACUGUGAUCUCGGGGUGGGGUAAGACGAAAUACCUGCAGAUGACCAACAUUGGCGACCGGGAGAUCAUACUGCCCACCCACACUAUAUUAGGCAUGUGGGCCGAAGGCGAUAUGGUACCGCGAACUCAAGGUUUGGUGACAGUCGGGUCGGGGAAGUACAAGGAAUGGCAAACUCUGGCAUAUGAGGCUACAACGGAUCGAGUGAACGAACUCCCGAAAGAACCGAUCGGACCAUUGGUAGAUCGUCCUACGUAUGCCGCUCCCAAACGCAUCUUGAAACGUCCGUCUGAUGCGUUACAGAACCUGUCUCCGGCGAUCUCCACGGUAACGUCGCAAGCUAACGAUGACGAUUCGCAAAAGGCAGAUGCUGUAGUUGCGAGGGAAGUAACGGUCAGGGGAGCCGAACUAUCGCGGAUGGAGAACGGUCAUGAGAUCGGUACCCAACAUGCAACGAAGGGAGACCGCGACACCGGGCAAGAAGGGCUACGUGACAGAUCGUCUCUACCGAAGGCUGAGCCGACUGACCGACUGUUGAAAUUGGGCCAGCCGGAAGAGACGAAGGAGCCUAAAGAAGAAAUAAUGCUAAAUACUGAAGACGUCGAGAUUGCAGAAAUACCAGUUUAUCACCACGAGAGCGGAGAUUUGUUUGCGGAAGAUAUCGAGCAGCAUAUGGCCGUGCUACCAGAGAUGUCGGCGACUACGGAAGAAGUUACGAUUGAGGACAUUCAGAUCGGUGAUCCCGAUGUGCCUCUCACCACAGAUCAACAACGGCUCAGAUCGCUGAUCUGGAAGAGCCGUCACCUCCUCAUGGGUAAAGGUAAUGCUCUACCACCCGCAGCACGAGGCGCGAUCUGUGAUAUUGAUGUCGGUGGGGCAGCACCGAUAGCGCAAAGAGUGCGUCCGGUCGCACCCAAAUAUCGGGAGAAGCUGUCAGAUCUCAUCAAAGGACUAUUAGCAGCCAAAAUCGUUCAGCCAUCCACGUCACCUUGGGCGUCUCCGAUAGUGGUGAUCAUCAAGAAGAACGGAGUGGAUAUUCGCCUUUGCAUUGAUUAUCGAAGAGUUAACCAGCUGACGCGUCUGAUGGUUUAUCCCAUGCCGUUGAUCAGCGAUCUGUUGGAAGAUCUGGAUAAAGCUCUAUGGUACUGUUCGCUAGACAUGGCUAGUGGAUUUUGGGUCGUCGAAAUGACUGAACGAGCAAAACUGAUCUCAGCGUUUGUCACACCGUUUGGCUUGUUCGAGUGGCUGCGAAUGCCUUUUGGGCUUAAGAACGCGCCCCAGAUCUACCAACGUCUGGUGGACAAUGCGUUGUAUGGAUAUCUCAAGAUCGGCCAGAGAUCAGCUUCUGAUGGCCCGAUCGACGUGUUCAAAGAUGGAGAACCUGAGACAGAUCGACGACCGUCUAUACUGGGACGCCGAUCUUACAUUGACGAUAUUCUCAUACCAGCCACGUCAUGGGGAUCUUUGUACACAAAAGUAGAACGGUUGCUGGAGGCAUGUGAUAAGUGGAAUCUGUCUAUCAGCCUCACGAAGAGCUUUUGGGGGUGCCGUAAGGUCGAUUAUUUGGGACAUCGAGUGUCGAUGGAUGGUCUGGAGGCUCAGCCCAAGAACCUAGAGUCGUUGGUUAACAUCCCGUUUCCUAGCACGCUACGAGCUAUGCAAUCCUUUCUCGGGAGCUUGAACUACUACCGUCGCUUCAUUGAGGAUUUCGCGGUGUAUGCCGCGGUGUUGUAUGAGUUAAGAGAAUCGGAUUUCUUCGAGAUCGGCCGAUCUCAGCUUGCAGCAGGAGACGAAUGCUCCAACGAGGGUCGAUGGACGGAAGCCAAGGUUGCUUUCACUAUGCUAAAAGCUAAGAUAGCUACAGCUCCCAUGCUCAAGCAUUUCGACCCAGAUCGGUCCCCCGUAAUCGUGGUCUACGCUAGCAAGUGGGCUGUCUCAGCGGCCCUGAUACAGGAGUACGAUGGCGUGUACCAUCCGGUGACGUUUACUAGCCGCACUUUAAAGCCUAAUGAGCUUAACUACGGAACGGUAGAAAAAGAAGUGCUGGCGCUACUUCGUGUGUUGGAUGUAUGCUAUACUACGCUUGCCUCGCGGGAGAUCACUGUACUGACCCGACAUUCUACGUUAGCCUGGUUGAUGCAGUCUCGAGGGCUCAACGGGAGAUUAGGACGGUGGGCUGCUUUGUUGUCAAAUUGGACUAUGGAGGUGAAGAAAUGUGAAAGAGGAGAGGAAGAAAUCCUGGGCAUGUUAGCAGCGAGUAUCACUCCGAGAGGAGAAGUGGAAGAGAUGCUGAUUGCGAUCUCCCCACGAAAAGACUGUCGACUCAAAAUAUCGAUACCUCCUCCAACGGUGGAAACAGAUGAGGAGUUGCUGGUGGCCAGUUUCGAUGGAUCGGCUAGGAUAAAAAGAAAGGAGGGUCGUUCAGUGCCGUGA